AUGACCAACACAGGAUUCAGCAGAUCAUUGACUGUGCCUGAUAGUCUCACGAGUUGGGAAGCCAAUGCCGUGUGCUUCACGAAGGAUCGCGGUCUGUGGAUGCCCGAGAACAAACCACUCCUGACUGUGAGCAUGCCCUUCUUCAUCGAGUUCACUCCUCCUCUCGUCGCGCGUCGAGGAGAAAUCCUUCAUCUUCCUGUCAGCGUCUUCGUCUACCCACCGACGCACAACGUCACGUCGAAGCAGUGCUACGAGGUUGAUGUCGGUCUGGAGGUGGACCCUCAGGACUGGCGCAUGAUUGGUGCAUCGGAGUUCACCACGUGCAUCUGUACGGGUGACUUGAAGGAGACCUUCAAGCUGCCUCUUCGACCACUCAGAAUCGGUCAACUGAAUGUGACUGCGACGGCCACUGCUGCACGAGGAUCAGCCAUGUGCGGCGGUGAUGGAAGGAACGUCGUGGUGGUAGGUGAUGCUGUUCGACGGUCAGUGCGUGUGGUGGCCGAAGGAGUGGAGAAAUCGCUCACACGUGGUGGCACCUUCUGCACAACUGGA